ACGCUCACACUCUCUUUAAUCUCCAAACGAAACACAAACCAAAACAGAACAGAACGCAGAUUUUUUUGUUCUUGUUUGUUUUCCCAUUCCAAUUGUGCUCUCUUCCUUUCACUUUUCUCUUCGGGGCAUCGAUCGGGUGCGAUUCGGGAGCAGAGCUGAUACCAUGGGGAGGAGGAGGAACGCUUCAGUGAAUGUUCUGUUUCAAUGGGUGAGGAGGCAGUCAAUGAAAGUCAAGAUCUUUCUUGGAGCCUUUCUUGCGCUGUGUGGUUUGGUGGCACUGAAGUUUUGGGUCAAGAAUCAUGACCAUUUUUUCAUUGCCUCUGAAGCCAUUCAUUUUCUGGGGAUCAUCGUCCUCAUAUACAAGCUCACAACCCAAAAGACCUGCUCUGGUCUUUCCCUAAAGACUCAAGAACUCACAGCUGCCUUUGUAGCAGUAAGAUUGGUUUGCAGUACCAUCAUGGAGGCUGAUGUGCACACUGUGCUAGAUUUUGCUACUCUCAUUUCAACAGCUUGGCUCAUUUUUAUGAUACGGUUCAAACUGAAGUCAACCUACAUAAAGGAACUCGACAACUUUCGCUUAUAUUUUGUGGUGGUGCCUGCUGCUAUCCUUGCCCUGCUUUUCCACCCAUACAUGCUGAGUAGUCGUAUUACUAGAGUUCUUUGGGCAUUUGGUGGGUACAUAGAAGCUGUUUCAGUACUGCCACAGCUUCGUUUGAUGCAGAAUGCAAAGAUGAUUGAACCAUUUACCUCCCAUUAUGUAUUUGCAUUGGGUAUUUCAAGAUUCUUUGCUUGUGCUCAUUGGAUCAUUAUGAUCUACGAAACUAAAGGCAAAUAUCUAUUCUUGGUUGGGAGUGGUUAUUCGUGGAUUUUGGCUGCCUUGAUCUGUGAAAUUGUUCAAACAUUCAUCUUAGCAGACUUUUGUUACUAUUACAUAAAGAGUUAUGUACAAGGUCAGCUCGUAAUGAGGAUGCCUGUCUAGAUUUUGAAUCUCAUACCAUUGUGCUUGCUUACUGCAUUUCUUUUUCUUUUCUUUGAUCAAUAUACAAGCAUCUUGUAGCAUGGAGAAGCGAAUGAGUAAAAUCUUAAUGUACUUUUCAUCUAUGUUCAUGACCUCGGGUUUAGUAAGACGACAUGGUUACUAGUACUUCAUCAAGACAAAGUCAUUUUGGAGUGAAAAAAAAAUGUGUAUGUUUUUGUCAAAACAGAAGUGAACAAAUCUUGAACAGGAAUUUUAAUGACGAUGCAAAAACUUCCAUACUAAAUAGUGAUGAUUUUUACAAAUUAA